CCGGGCAGGUCGGGCUAGUGGAGUGUAGACGAGUGUUGUCAUGGCUAGAGAAGAGAAUAUAGGGUUACGAAUGCACUUGAAUGCCCUAAUCCAGGGCAGCACAGAACCAGCGUGGCUUAUGAAAACUAAAGAUUUGAAGGUUCGAAAUCGCAAACACUCCGGGACCUCCGAUAAAUCCAAGAUGGUGUCAAUCGCGGUGAAGAGUGGCUGCCUGAUGGGCUUUGGGGCUGUGUUCGUGGUGGUCGGAGCCGUCAUGGUGGUCUUUUGGCCCACGAUUUUCUUCGCACAGUUGCAAAAGAUGAUGAUGCUGACAGAAACAUCGACUUCGUUCUCAAUAUGGCGUGAAGUUCCGAUACCUAUGUACCUGGAAUGCUAUAUGUUCAAUAUAACAAAUGUUGACGACAUCCUCGCUGGGAAGAAUGUCACACUAAAAGUCGAGCAGCUGGGGCCCUACGUGUUUAGAGAACAGCAUACAAAGGAAGACAUAAUUUGGAACGACAACAACACGGUGACGUUCUACAAUAAGCGAGUAUGGCACUUCCAGCCUGACAUGUCCAACGGUAGCGUCUCUGACAACAUCACCAGCAUUAACCCUAUUAUUGCGACUGUAGGUCACAUAAUGCGUAACGAGCCGCUGUUCUUGCGCGUGGCGGUCAACGUGUUUAUGGGUAUGAACCACAAGAACCUCUUCUUGACUGCGAACGUGUCUUCCUGGUUGUUCGACGGCAUCACAGACCCCUUGUUCGACAUCGCAGCGCACUUCCCAGACCUGCCCUUUGAAAUACCUUUCGAUAGAUUUGGAUGGUUUUAUUCGCGCAACGGGUCAAAGGAAUUCGACGGCGUGUUCGUUAUGAACACGGGUACAGCGGAUUUCUCUCAGCUGGGUAAUGUGGAGAUGUGGAGGAAUUCUAACCGCACCGUGUACCGUGACCAAUGUGGUGAGGUGCGCGGCUCCACGGGCGAGCUGUGGGCGCCCGAACUAGGACAGGAGGAACUCGUUGUCUUCUCUUCUGAUCUUUGCACAUACAUAAUCCUAUCGAAGGUGGGCCCUCUCACAGUGGACGGUAUAGAGGGAGUGCAGUACUCUACGAACGACUCCACAUUUGACAAUGGACAUAAAUAUCCUAGCAUGGCGUGCUACUGCGACGAGGUGCGCGACGCGGACUGCCUGCCGGCGGGCGCGCUGAACGUGUCCGCGUGCCGCUUCGGCUCGCCCGCCUUCGUCACGCUGCCGCACUUCCUCGGCGUCGACCCCUACUACGCGGACAAGAUCGACGGACUCGAGCCUAACGACAAGUACAAGUUCAGCCUGGCGCUGGAGAUGUACACGGGCAUGCCGCUGCAGGUGUUCGCGCAGCUGCAGAUCAACCUGCUGGUGCGCUGGGUGCCCGGCAUCUCGCUGAACAACCAGCUGCCGGACGGCGACACGCUGGUGCCGAUGUUCUGGUUCCGGCAGGAGGUGCGCAUCAGCGACGAGUACGCGCGCCUCGCUCGCUUCGCGCUCAACCUGCGCGACGGCAUGCCCUACGGCUUCUACGCACUUACGGCAAUCGGCAUUCUCUUACUAAUAGUGGGUAUUGCAUAUUUAAUGAGAAAACUAUUGAAAUCGCCAGAAACAGCGCCCAUACUUAAUGAAAGCCCAGAAGAAACACGUUGACAUAGUAAUGGCUUUUGACACUUAAACUUGGCACGUCGGAACAAGAAAACUCUUCUGACUGACUUGCCAACUUUAGUAUUAACUAUGUAAAAAAAAAUCAUUUGACGAAAUCAACAUUAAAUUUUUACUCAUUUGACAUAUUUUAAACUAUUGUUUGUUGUUUUUAAUU